AGAAGAUCAUUAGUCGCCUGCGACUGCGACAGAUCUUCGUCCAUUUCGGGGGAGGCAAAACCGUCGUUGACAUCGCGCCAUUGACUGCCCUGCCGAUUCUUUUAAUUCCUAACCCGAGACUUUGGUUUGCGGAACCAGCACUCGUAGUCAACUCCUCGACGAGAUUUUCUCCAAAGAUUUCGACUGCCCCACCACCACCACCACUACCACAUGCAGUUAAGUCAACUCUCCUCCUCCUCUCUCUCUCUCUCUCUUUCGAUCACGCACACCACCACCUAAUCCUUUUUCUUUCUCGCUCACUCACCAUCCACUAUCCGCCUCCUUUACCUUCUCCUCCUCCUCCGGCCGGCGCUCUUCGUUUCGGAUUUCGCGAGAUGGGAAACUGCUGCGCGAGGUUGACCUGUUUCUCCUGCUGUUGCGGCAGGCCCCCUUGCGGCGGCCGCCGCCGUCUCCGACACGUGGCAGAUACCUCCGACUUCUACGAUGAGUAUUUUGGUCACUCGUUCUGCUACGUUCGUCCUGAUUCGGCUUGCGGCGGCGGGGGCGGCGGCGGCGGAUUCUCCUCUUCCGCCGCUGUCGCCCCUGCUGCGGCAUCAUCCAAGGUUCACCACUCGGAAGAGACGACCACCUUCCGUACUAUAUCCGGCGCGUCCUUGAGCGCAAACCCGUCCACGCAGCUCUCCACCGCAGCUCUCCUGGUGGACCCUGCCGGCGAAUGCGGCGCCCCGGCCUCUGCUGCCUUCGAGAGCUCCACGUCCUUCUCCGCCUUCGCGCUCCAGCCGUUUCCCCGCUUCUCCGGGCCGCUUUCCGGCCCUAUCGCCGGCGCUGCGGACAGAGGAUUUAUGUCCGGUCCCAUCGAGCGCGGGUUCAUGUCCGGGCCGCUUGAUCACCGCGCCGCUCUCUUCUCCGGCCCCGUCGAAAAUCCGCCUUCCAUCCCCGCUCAGCUCCGCCGCAGUAUCUCCCACAGCUUCUCCCGACCCCGCCGCCUAGCAGCCGCCACCUCCCUUCUCCGCGGCCUCACCAAAGCCAUCUCCCGCACCAUAUCCUCCACCGUUCCAGCCGAAAGAUCCAUCAAGCCGCCCAAAGUUCCCGCCUUGGUGGCUGAGGGAGUUCCAAUUCCACGGCCAGAUUCGCCGGAUUCACCGGCAGGCAACCUGGAGUGGGCUCAGGGAAAAGCAGGGGAGGACCGAAUCCAUGUCGUCGUCUCGGAGGAGCACGGUUGGCUCUUCGUAGGCAUCUACGACGGCUUCAACGGUCCCGACGCCACCGAUUACCUCCUUUCGAAUCUCUAUUUCGCCGUGCACCGAGAGCUCAAGGGGCUGCUGUGGGACGACCAAGAAGGCACUCUUUCCCAUCUCCUCUCCAAGCCGCUCGGCGCCGUCCCUGUUUACCCCGCGGAAUUCGGAUGCUGCAGAGCCGGAGAGCAGAGCGACACUUGCGAGUGGCAAAGGGAGCACUACAAUUCGGAUCCUGAGGGCCGGCGCAAGGAUCGGGAGGUCAACCAUUCUCAAGUGCUCAAGGCUCUGUCUCGUGCUCUGAAGAAGACGGAGGAAGACUACUUAGACGUCGCCGACAAGAUGAUCACCGAGAACCCUGAGCUCGCGUUGAUGGGAUCAUGCGUUCUGGUGAUGCUGCUAAAGGGGGAGGACGUCUACCUGAUGAACGUCGGGGACAGCCGCGCGAUUUUGGCACAAAAGUCGGAUUCUGAUUUCUGGACUGCGAUUUCGCCGGCGAAGCCCAAGCUGGAUCUCCGCAAGAUCAACGAAGAUAUCGCAAGCGAUGUGGAAGUAUUUUACGGGUGCCCAAAUUUAUCAGCCACGCAACUGACCGUCGAACACAGCACUUGUAUCGAAGAGGAAGUUCAUAGGAUCAAGAAUGAGCACCCUGACGAUUCCUCGGCGAUCGCAAAUGAUCGCGUGAAAGGAUCAUUGAAGGUUACACGAGCCUUCGGCUCCGGCUUCCUGAAACAGCCCAAGUGGAACAAUGCACUGCUCGAGAUGUUCAGAGUCGACUACGUUGGAUCCUCUCCAUACAUCACUUGCAAUCCAUUUUUAUGCCACCAUAAGCUUGGUCCCAAGGACAAGUUCUUGAUACUAUCCUCUGACGGACUCUACCAGUAUUUUACUAACGAAGAAGCAGUCGCUCAACUCGAAAUGUUCAUUGCCACAACGCCUGAAGGGGAUCCUGCUCAGCAUCUGGUUGAAGAAGUCCUUUUUCGUGCCGCAAAGAAAGCAGGGAUGGAUUUCCAUGAAUUGCUUGAGAUUCCGCAAGGUGACCGACGGCAAUACCAUGAUGAUAUUUCCAUCAUUGUGAUCUCUUUGGAAGGGCAAAUAUGGAGAUCUUGUGCCUAAAUGAAGGUGCAGCUGAGAGAGUAAAAUUAUAGAGAACCACAGAGAGCUAACAGCUUCUCUGUUUUUGUUUUUCCAAGUAGCCAUUGUUGCAUUCCGGAGGAAGCUUUGGAGGAGAAGACUCGGUGUUCAUGUAUAGUCCAGUUCAACUUCUGUGAUUAUCUAUAUAUAUAUAUAUACAUAUAUUGAAUCA